AUGUAUUGCUAUCAUAAUGAUUCUAAGCCUAAAGCACCAAAGAGAAAAAAUGGAGGCCAGGAAAAAAAAGUCAUCCAUCCAUAUAGUAGAAAAGCAGCUCAAAUUACAAGAGAGGCUCACAAACAAACAAAAAGGGAAAAAUUGAAGAAUGAAAAAGCUGUGCGUCUCAGCAUUACUGGUGAAAAACUGCAGUGGUUUAAAAAUCAUCUUGAUGACAAAAAAGCAGAAUAUUCAAAAAAGGAUGCUUGUGAAUUAAUUGAAAGUUAUAUAAAUCGAUUCAGCAGUGAGUUGGAGCAGAUUGAGUUACAUAACAGCAUCAAAGACAGACAGGGAAGGCGACACUAUUCUCGAGAGACGGUUAUCAAGCAGACGAUGGAGCGUGAGCGACAGCAAUAUGAAGGAUAUGGUCUUGAGAUUCCAGACAUAGUAGAUGCUGGUAAUCUGAGAACUUUUAGGGAAUGGGAUUUUAAUCUGAAGAAGUUGCCAAACAUUAAAAUGAGAAAAAUCUGUGCUAAGGAUGCAAUUCCUAAGAAAUGCAAGAAAAAAAAUGGUACAACUGUAGACAAAGUCUUAGAAGAAUUGGAACAAAAAGAUGAAUCCAGUGACUCAGAUGAGGAAAUGACUCCAGUAACCUAA